CGUGACUAGAGGAUAUCCCAACAGCACCUAAUGUGCCGCCUUCCUACAUACUUUGAAAUACACAUAAUUUCAACAGCCCUAAUCCGUAGUUUCACUAAUCGCCAUGAGUGACUACGAUUCACAGGAGCCGUUGAGGCUUAUGGAGGAGGUAGAGGAUAUGAUGAAACAGCUCGAGGCCGCAUCCGACGACGACCGAAGCGGCGACGACGAUGGCGGCGUCGACGAAGAAGAGAGGGAAGCAGAGAGGCAAGCCGAGGCCGAAAACCUAUUAGAGAAGCAGAGGGAAAAGGCGGAGCAGGCAAAGACUCAUCUCGAAGCUCUUGAGAACGCCACUGCCCGUGUCGAAUACGAUACGAGGGCGCUCACGGAAAACCGGCCAGACUUGGAGGUGUGGAGGGAGGAGGUGGCUAAUCUAAAGCAGAGGAACUUCGACGUCCUCUUACCUUUGGUUAUGGAUGAGGAAGGUACCUUGGACCGCUUCCGGCAUAUGUCCUCGGAUUACAAGGACACCCUUUUCAACAUAGAGAAGGAGAUAGUUGAGAAACGCCUUAACGCCGAGAUUGCCAGCAUCCGAGAGGCGCACAAGCAGCAUAUAUGCAAGCUGGAGGAGCAGCUUCAAGAAAGCGCUUCCGAGAUAGCAAGGCUAAAAAAGCAGCUGAAGGAUAAUAACUCGGAUGUAAAUCAACGGCUCCAUUUGAUCAAGUUCGAGAUCACGAGACUAGAGGAAGAUCUCAACGCGAGAAAUAAUCAGCUCCCUGACGAGACUAUGAGGGACGGCAAUCCGAGCGAGCAGAUCCAGGACGAGGUGUUGGGGAUGGCGCGCUACUUCAUGAUGCAAUCCGGUCAGGCUCAAGACCCACAGAUCUGGAUACCAUUUGUGAAGGCUGUAGCUGAGGCAAAGUUUACGGCCGCCUCGCAGCAGGCUGGAGAGGAUCGAGCUUGGACAAUAGUUCGACCUUGGUUCAAGGACGGCGCCCCCUUGCCUACCCCACCCGCCGACCUCAUGAAUCUUCUCGUCCGCUUGUGCGGUAGGAUCUACGGCGGCGUCUGGGACGACGAAACCAUCGAGACGGUACGCGCCCUCACCACCCAUAUGGAGCAGGCCCCGGAAGCGCCGAUUAGGGUCGUCGCGCAGGUUGUGGAAUCGGUCCUAGAGAUUGAAAUUAACAAGAUACGCACCCACCUCGUCUGCUUCGGGCUCUGGCAGCUAGCCCUGGUCGUGCAGCGAAGAUGGGAUGGCGAGAUGGCCGAGCUGGCCUCCCAGUUGGGAAGCAAGAUCGUCGGCUUGACGGGUCCCCUCCGCGCCCUCCGCGACCUGCUCGGCAGCGACUGCGGCCGCCAGCUAAAAGUUCUCAUCCGAGAGAGGCAAGACCCCUACCCGGGCGAAGCGCAGCCCGGCAGUUCAGCCGUCGCGGCGGCUUUAGCACGCUUACCUGUACAGUUCUGUCAGGGGCGGGAUAUUGGUCUGCUGUCGCUGCCGGAGAGCGAUGGUUACAUAUGGGUUAUGGACUUGCAAAGCAAUACUAUCCGCCUGGUUCGGAACGACCGCAAGAAUUUUAGAGGUCUUCGGUGGAAGCUUGAGGCUGUCGAUGGUGACGGAGAAGAUAUUCAAAUCCCGUGUGAUACGUUUCGAGAAAUGGAUUGGGUAUCAGCAUACUUAGAUUCAGAUAAGUGUGAUAAAAAUGAAGUAUAAUAGCAAGUAGCUUCAAUCGAACUAUGCGUGUGGG